AACAUCCACCUGGUGGCCAAGUGGCUGAGUUCUCUGGAGAAGAAACUGGAGCAGCACAGCGAGGGCAGCCACCGGGAUUUCCGUGUCUUCAUCAGCGCGGAGCCGGCACCCUCCCCUGACAGCCACAUCAUUCCCCAGGGCAUCCUGGAGAACUCCAUCAAAAUCACCAAUGAGGCCCCGACCGGGAUGCAUGCAAACCUGCACAAAGCCCUCGACAAUUUCAACCAGGAUACCCUGGAGAUGUGCACCCGGGAGAAUGAGUUCAAGAGCAUCCUCUUUGCCCUCUGCUAUUUCCAUGCCGUGGUGGCAGAAAGGCGCAAGUUUGGCCCCCAAGGCUGGAACCGUUCCUACCCCUUUAACACUGGAGACCUCACCAUCUCUGUGAAUGUGCUGUACAAUUACCUGGAGGCCAGCUCAAAGGUCCCAUAUGAUGAUUUACGCUACCUCUUUGGUGAGAUUAUGUACGGAGGUCACAUUACAGAUGACUGGGACAGGCGGCUUUGCAAAACCUAUUUGGAAGAAUUUAUUAAGCCAGAAAUGCUGGAGGGAGAACUUCUCCUUGCUCCAGGAUUCCCCCUCCCAGGGAACAUGGACUAUAAUGGCUAUCAUCAGUACAUAGACGAUGCCUUGCCUCCGGAGUCUCCUUAUCUGUAUGGCCUCCAUCCCAACGCUGAGAUUGGCUUCCUUACCCAGACCUCAGAGAAGCUCUUCCGUGUUGUGUUGGAGAUGCAGCCCCGGGACACCAGCAUGGGUGAAGGAGGAGUGGUGACCAGGGAAGAAAUGGUGAAAGCUCUUCUGGAAGAGAUGUUAGAGAAAUUGAUGGAUGAGUUUAACAUCGCAGAACUGAUGGCAAAGGUGGAGGAGAGGACGCCGUACGUUGUGGUUGCCUUCCAGGAAUGUGAGCGCAUGAACAUCCUCACCAGUGAAAUAAAGCGCUCUCUCAAGGAACUGGAUCUGGGGCUGAAGGGAGAACUGACCAUGACAAGUGACAUGGAGAAUUUGCAGAAUGCCCUCUUCUUGGACACGGUGCCUGAGUCCUGGAUAAAGAGGGCUUACCCUUCCACAGCCAGCCUGGGCACGUGGUUUGCUGACCUCCUCACUCGCAUCAAGGAGCUGGAGGCCUGGACGGGAGACUUUUCCUUACCCUCUACAGUGUGGCUUGCUGGGUUCUUCAAUCCCCAGUCUUUCCUGACAGCCAUCAUGCAGUCCACAGCCCGAAAAAAUGAGUGGCCUUUGGACAAGAUGACGUUGCAGUGCGAUGUGACAAAAAAGAACAGAGAAGACUUUGCCAGUCCUCCUCGGGAAGGGGCAUAUGUCCACGGUUUGUUCAUGGAGGGUGCGCGCUGGGAUACACAGACUGGGAUAAUCACAGAUGCCAGGCUCAAGGAACUAACCCCGGCCAUGCCUGUCAUCUUCAUCAAAGCCAUUCCUCCUGACAAACAAGAUAUCCGUAGUAAUUACCCAUGUCCUGUAUACAAAACACGGCAAAGAGGGCCAACUUAUGUGUGGACUUUUAACCUUAAAACUAGAGAAAGUCCUUCCAAGUGGGUGCUCGCUGGUGUGGCAUUGCUGCUACAGAUCUAGGCUCACCAGCAGCGCACCUUAUUUGCAAAUCCCUAAUGAAAUCUUUCUCAG